AUGAGCGCUGAAUGCAGCAGUUACUACAGCGCUGACGGGGUGUUCGUGGACUCGUUCUCCUGUCCUAAACCAGGGAAUGCUGCCGCUGCCAUCUACUGUUGUGGAUUUAACGAUAUUAAAUAUUGCUGUGAUGAUGCAAACAGUUUUUUCCCGUAUGAGUACGGGUACAUGUGGUGGCUCAGUAUCGGUGCUCUGGUCGGUCUGUCUAUAGCAGCAGUCGUCCUCCUUGCUUUCCUCAUCACUGUGUGUGUCCUCUGCUACCUCUUUAUCGUCACCAAACCCACUCGUCGUCUUGACAACGGCCUACCCCUAAGAGCGCCAGGAGAUCCCAGUGAGGGGCCGAGUCAUGUGAGGGUGCCCUGCGCCGCUGCUCCACAAAGAUUCAAAAAUCCCUUUGUGAACAGGAAGGUGGAUUGUGACAAUCAGUCGCCAGACCCAGAGCACCUUUUCCAGAGGUGUUUUACACCCACAGUCACUGGAGUGAAAGUGGAAAGUCCUUCAUAA